AUGUAAAACAACGACACGAUCCUUGGACCAAAGAAAGGAGCGUCGUUGUUAAGCAGAGAAGAGAGAAGAGAGAAGAGAGAAGAGAAUGGGAGGAGUUCUAUCAUCUGUGUUUGGAAGUGGAGAAGAUGCAGUUGCUACAGGGACUGAAUCUGAGCCAAGUCGCCUCUUCAAGUUUAGCUCUUCAGCUCGGUGGCAGCUUCAUUACAACGAGAUCAAAGAAUCAAACAAACUGCUGGUGGUUGAUUUCUCGGCUUCGUGGUGUGGACCAUGUAGAAUGAUUGAGCCUACGAUUCAUGCCAUGGCUGAUAAGUUUACUGAUGUUGAUUUCGUCAAGUUAGAUGUCGAUGAACUUCCUGAUGUGGCUAAAGAGUUUAAUGUGACGGCAAUGCCAACCUUUGUGCUGGUGAAAAGUGGUAAAGAGAUUGAAAGGAUCAUUGGAGCCAAAAAGGAAGAACUUGAGAGGAAAGUUAGCAAACUCAGGGCAUAGUGACCAUUAUUAACACCGACCUUCACCAAUAACCCCAUUAUUUGUAAACUCAAUAAUAAAUGGUAUGUUGUGGGGGUGGGGGGGAGGGAGUUGUUCUAUACUUUCCGCUUAAUGUAAAACUUUUUGUGUGAUGCCGUGAUUGAUUAAGAUGGUCUGUUGAUUUGCUUAGACUCUCUCUUCUUCUUUAGCAUGGUUUAUGAUGCAAACUUCCGAAA